AUGCAUAAAAUUCACCAGAAAAGCUCACAUUCUGAGCAUGACGUGCAAACGCAUCUUCCUUCAUCAAAAUGGCUUCAGCUUCAUGGGCUCAAGAGAAGCAGAUUAACUCUGUCUCAAAUUCUGUCACAGAUUGGAUUUAAACACAGAGAAGAUUUUGACUGCAGGUUGCAAAAGUCUGUGUCUUCAUGUUAUGGUGAAGGUUUGUUUUAUCAAUACUUGAGAAAAGAUGGUAGAAUUUACAAUAUAACAGCCAAUAAAGAACAGCUUCAGCAAUUUGUUGUGUCCCUAACAAAGGCAAUAAAAUUCUACCAGCAACGGCUGGAAUGGCUGAACAGUGGGAGCCGGCAACUCUUUGGAGUAAUUCAGGAACGGUGCAUCACUAUUGUUUUAGACUUUGCCCCAAUGUCUCAGAGUCUGUUUCAUCUUUGUUGCCAUGUUCUUCGUAUGGUUCUCCAGGAACAGGUGGCACUGAUUGGAAAGAUCAACCUUAUUAGGGCUGCUGAAGAAAUGGAUAUGUGGCAGGACAAAGCUGUUCCUGUUAGUUCUCAGGCAAUAGUCUCAGCAGUCGAUUGGAUAGGAAAUCUUUGCCAUAUGCCAGCUACCAGCAAGACAAGUUCGGUGGAGGCUGUGUUGCAAGCGACAAGUGAUAAGACUAUUGAAGCCGUUUACUUUUUUGCUGCUGGUGAUGGUCCUCAGGGGAUGAGGGAGAUUUUGCGUCAGAAGCUGGCAAACAGCCCCUGUCCAGUCCACAUCAUAUCAUUCGAUGCAAAAGAGGAAGCAACAGUCCGGUUUCUGAAAGAAUUGGCUCAUUGCACUGCAGGAAGAUUUCAUGCAUUUGCUCUAAUAAAUGAAUAUGAAGAGGAGGAAACAUCUUCCACCAUUGGCUUAAAUGACACUGAUACUCAAGUUCCAAAGAUCCACAGGAAACUUAUUGGUGGUGUGCCACCAGGGGCUGGAGUGAGAGAAGAUGUGUUUCUCAUCUGGUGCGAGAUAGAGGAAGCCAGAAACACAUUGGCAGAAGUUCAAACCAUUGUUACAGGGGCCCCUCGGACCACGAUUAAUGCAGUGCCCGUCCAUCAGCCGUCACCAUCAAAAACAGAGGACUAUAUCACUUCAAAGAAGUGGCUUGAGCAGUACGGAUUGAAGGCUCGUAAACUGACGUUCUAUGAUGCACUUGUCGACUGUGCCUUUCGCCAUUCUGAUGGCGUGGUGGACAUAAAAGGGAAGCCAGUGAAUGAGUGCAUUCAGACUGAUGCAGAAACUAGAAUGAAACUGGUGAAUGCCAAGUAUUGUGGCCACUUUGCACACACCCAGUGGAAAGACGGUUCUGUAAUGCAUGUUUACAUCACUGCAGAGAAGUGCAAGCAAUACCAACAGAAGAUGAAGGCUGCACUGGAGCAGAUGCAUAGGAGAAUUAACUGGCUUCGACAGGGGAGCAGGGAGCUGUUUGGAACAAUAAUUGAGGAUCAGAUAUAUGUCCUGGUUGAUACCUCUCAAUCCAUGAAAGAUAAACUGGAGUUGGUUCAAAGGAAGAUCUUUCAACUCAUGCAGGAACAACUUAGGCACAAGACCAAAUUCAAUUUUGUGAAGUUUGAUUCCAUAGUUCAACCUUGGCAGGAGAAGUUGGCAGAUGUAACUGAAAAAAAUCUUGAAAAUGCUUGGUCUUGGAUCCAAGGACUUCAGGUCGGAGGUUCCACAAACACACUGGGAGCUAUCCGACUUGCUUUUGCUGAUGCUGGCACUCAAGCUGUCUACCUCCUCUCUGAUGGAAGGCCUGAUCAGCCUCCAAAAACCAUAUUUGCUCAGGUGCAGUUUGCCCAGCCUGUCCCUAUUCAUUCCAUUGCAUUUAACUGUGAUGAUGUUGAAGCCAACAAAUUUCUGUAUGAACUUUCGGAGAAGACAGGUGGACGGUUCCAUUCCUACAACUGUGAUUUGAGAGAGGCCAGUAACCUCCCACCAUUUGUGAGUGAAGAUAUCUGCCUACUGAAGAAAGAAAUUGAGAAGGGAAGGGAAGAUUUGGAGAAGGUGGAAAAACUCCAUGCAGAGUGCAUAAUGCUGGACUGGUAUCAUAACCGUGAAGAUUGCAGACUAAACAACAAAGUUGCUGUUGAUGUUCCAAUUAAGAGGCCAGCCUGGAGCAACAACACAGCUCUGGUCCAUUCCUUAGACACCAGGAGCCCUGGGAGGCCCAGUUCAGCUUUGGACUGGAUUCCUGCCACACACAGAAACCACCGAAACACAUACUAUAUCUACAGUUUAAAUACUGCCAAGAAAUCAAAGGAGCUCCAGAAGAAGAAAGUCCUACUUGCAGGUCACACAAAUUCUAGCCUACUUAGGAGUUUGAGUAAUGGUGUUAAAGUCGAUGAGAAUUUGUUGGAUGAAUGGAUGCUUCCAGAAAACAAAGAGCUGUUCGUGAAUAAUUAUAAUAAGGAAUUGAAGGUCCUGAAUGGCCUUAGUAUGUCAGAGACUUCACCUAAAAAAGCAGGAAGGCAAGUUGAAAAUUCUCUGGAUGUUUCUUCAGCUCAGUGGCUUAAGAGAAAUAGCCUGAUUGCCAAGCGACUCACAAUAAUGGAUGCUCUUGCACCAACUGCUGUUCCUCAAACUGCAAAGUAUGUUCCAGUCUUGGACAAGUAUAUUGUAUCUAAAGUGUUUGAUGAGGUGCUACCCUUAGCUCAUGUCAGCAACAGCAAGAAGCAAGUCACACUUAUUAAUCCAUUGGCUGUGAACCUGGAAGACUACAAAGCAAGGCUUUGCCAAGCUAUCCAGUCUUAUGAAAAGCGUUUGAAUUUGAUUAUCUGGAGAACGUUAUCUCAAGAGGAGCGAGAUAGGUUCAGCAGUGAUAAACCAAUUUCAUUUCGAGAGCAUAAGGAGGCAUUACUCCAGGCUUUGGACAGAAUGGGUUGGCCUAUUCCUCAGGAGGAUGUUACUCUGUUAGAGGAUGAAAUUUGCGCUGGCUACUCAUAUGAGCAGCAAGCUUCAGACCUCCAGAAAGCUGCUAAAGUGAAGGAGCUGGGGACCAUGACUGAUAUCAAUAGGAACCAUGGUCCCUCUGUAAAAAAAGUCGCAAAACAGACCAGGAGAAUUUUGGAUACCUUUAGAGGGCAGAGGGUAAUUGCGAGGUCAGAGGUUGAUGGCUUUUAUUAUCCAGGGAUAAUAAACAGGUGUGUUGGCGUCAGAAAAGUAUUAAUUGAUUUCACCAAAGGAGACGCUCAGAUUACACCAACUCAGUUCUUAAUCCAGAUUGGAGGAGCUGCACCUUGUCCCCCAUUAAAAGUGGGAGACUUAGUUUUGGUUCGUAGCAAUGCCCAAUCAGAAAAUGAUUGUUAUAAGCCUGGUGUGGUCAUAGCAACACCAAAGAAACACAUGGCUGAUGAUAAAUUUUAUACAGUUUUGAAAUACAACAAUAGAAAGGAACAUUCAUUCCGUAAUGGACUGAUUAAAAUCAGCUCAACUCAAUAUUCCUUCAUCAGUCGUUACAUAAGAGAGGCUCAGAUGACAGAUCACACCAUACCUAGUGUGCAAUUUGUAAAGCCUAUUUCUAAACCAGUUCAAUCACAGGAACUGCAAGAAAGCUUUUCAUCUUCUGAUGAAGGAUACAGGAAAAAGCAAAAGAAAAGUAUGAAACUCAAGAAGUACCAUAGAAAACACAAAGAUUCUUCAGGUGCUGAGGACAGUGAAUGGCGCUCGGGCUCUGGAUCGGAACCCAAACUCAAAGAGUCGAGUUCCUCAACCGAUGGAUUUAAUCAUGAAGGUUCAUUCAGCUCUCAUUCAGAAUCUGUAUAAUGGAUUUAUCAUUUUGAUGGAUUCAUCAGUUACUCACUUUGUAUCCAUUUUCCAAGAUGUUCAAACCCAGGGAUACACAUCUGCUGUGACUUUCUCACACAACGUAAGCACUCUGUUGGGUAGUCACAGCUAUUGGCUUGGUGGUUGUGAGCUUCCUUAGGGGGAGUGUGAGAAGAUGUAUCAGCUGAGCAUCCAGUGCAGAAAGGGGAUGAAGAGCAAUAAUGGGGACAAGUAAUUAAAAUGAAAGGCAAUGCAAAGAGUGGUAUUAGAAUCAAAAGAAAAAUUGCAAACCAGUUUCUGAUCGAGGUUGAAAUUUCAAAUAUUGGUAUAUACCACAGUGCAGUAAUUGGGAUGGUUUGUAAGCAAAACAUCAUGAAAUUG